AUGUUUGCCGACACAUCGUCCAUAGCCGGUUACACCAUCUUUCGGGAAGAGCCCAACGACGCCGCUCCCGAUCUGUCCAUGCAGCGCUCAGUCCAUCCUCUAGAUCAGCUAUCGAUUGAAGAGAUCCGCGUGGCGUCCAGGCUGAUCCGUGAUCAUGCUCCCUCAAGCACCCUCAAAUUCAAUUGCCUGACUCUUCGCGAGCCCAAAAAGGCCGAAUAUGCGGCCUUUCGCGACGGCCGUGGUCCACGUCCCGACCGUCGAGCGUUUGCCAUUGUCCUGGAGAAAGGCACGCCAAACGUCCUCGAGGUGAUUGCCAACCUCACAUCCGUGGUCGUCGAGGAGUGGACCAAUGUGUCUGACGUCGGGCCUACCUUGACCCUGGAGGAUCUGGACGUCUGUGAGCGCGUUGCGCGCAACGACCCCAGGGUUGUCCGGGCCUGCGAGGAAAUUGGAAUCACAGACAUGUCCAAGGUCUUUCUGGAUGCUUGGGCUAUUGGCUUCGACUCCCGCUGGGGCACAGACCGUCGUCUGCAGCAGGGCAUUGCGUACUGGCGCAACUCGGCCUCGGACAACCAGUAUGCUCAUCCCCUGGAUUUCACGGUCGUCGUCGACACGGAAAAGGAGGAGGUCCUCGCCGUCGAUGUCCGCCGCGUCAACGGCGAGCGGACGCCCCCCUCGUUUGCCGAGCACAACUACCUGCCCGAGUUCAUGGGCCCCGACUUUUACGACAACACAAAACUCAAGCCCAUUGACAUUACACAGCCCGAGGGCGUGUCGUUCAAAAUGCAGGGCAACAUGAUUUCCUGGGCUGGGUACAAGAUGCACAUUGGCUUCAAUUACCGCGAGGGCAUCGUUCUCUCCGACGUGAGCAUGUUCGACCAGUAUGAGCAGCGCCAGCGUCCCCUCUUCAAUCGCAUCAGUGUUGUCGAGAUGGUCGUUCCCUACGGCAACCCAGACCCUCCCCACCACCGCAAGCACGCCUUUGACGUUGGCGAGUACGGCACAGGUCUGAUGACCAACUCUCUCAAGUUGGGCUGCGACUGCAAGGGCGCUAUUCACUACCUCGACGCCGUCAUGGCAACGAGCUCGGGAGACCCGGCCAUUGUCGAGAACGCCGUCUGUAUCCACGAAGAGGAUAAUGGUCUGCUAUACAAGCACACAGACUACCGCGAUGGCAGCGUCAUCUCCGCCCGCGACCGCAAGCUUAUCAUCUCGCAAAUCAUCACAGCUGCCAACUACGAGUACGCCUUCUACCACACCUUCUCCCUGGACGGCACCUAUAAGCUUGAGAUCAAGCUGACAGGCAUGCUCAACACGUACUGCAUGCACGAUUCCGAAUCGGCCGCUCCAUACGGCACCGAGGUGGCACCCGCCAUCAACGCACACAACCACCAACACAUCUUCUCGCUGCGCGUCGACCCCGCGAUUGACGGCCACAGCAACUCCGUCGUCCAGAGUGACGCAGUCCCCUCGGACGCCGAAGUGGGCUCCCCCGAGAACCUGUACGGCAAUGGUUUCUACUGCAAGAAGACACCCUUCCGCACCGCCAAGGAGGGCGUCGCGAGCUACUCCCACGAGACCAGCCGCUCGUGGGACAUUAUCAACCCGCACCGUCUCAACCCGUCCUCCGGCAAGCCCAUCGCGUACAAGAUCCUCAACAACAACUGCCCCGCCAUUCUCGCCAAGCCGGGCAGCAUGGUCUGGAAGCGCGCCGCCUUUGCCCGCAAGUCCCUCUGGGUCACCCCGUACAAGGACUACCAGCUCUUCCCGGCGGGCGACUACGUGUGCCAGUCGUCCGGGCAACAGGGCCACCCGUACAACUCGACGGUAGAGGACUGGGUCGCCAAGGAUGAGUCGAUUGCGGACACGGACAUUGUGUGCUAUGUGCAGUUUGGCCUGACGCAUUUCCCACGCACCGAGGAUUUCCCCAUCAUGCCGGCCGAGCCGGUGAGCGUGAUGCUGCGGGCGUCGAAUUUCUUUGUCAAGAACCCGGCGCUUUGGGUGCCGCCGUCGGACAUUGCGAUGGACAAGUCGUCCAAGAAUGCGUUUAGCCAGAAGCAGGCUGGAUCGUGUUGUGCUUCCAAGUCGGGUGUGAACAGCAAGCUGUAA